UGCUCGACCAUAAGCUCCGUCCUCUCCUGCCUUCCCUUUCUCGUACCCCAUAGAAGAUGAAGCCACUGACAACUGCCAGCCACUCCACGUGGAAAGUGUUGCUUUCGUCUUGAGCUUUCUUCUUAGAGCUUGCCUGCUCCACAAAGGGACCUCGAACAACGCAAGGCCUCCUUUUCUCGUUCCCUUUCUCUCGUUUUCCUGAAGGAAGGCCACCAUUUGCCUGCUCAAUGCUUUCUGUCAGGCAACCAAGACUGCGGCGACGACGAGGUUAGGCUAAAGGGCGGAAAAGGCGCACGGUUCGCCGGACACUGGACGCCGGCUUUGGAGUGAACGCCUCACGCGAGGCCAGCCACUUUAUCUUUCGACGCCCGCUCCUUCCUGAGCAAACAGCCCCUCCUUCCUUUCACCAUACAUCGCUAUGAACGGCCCAUCACCCACGGAAUGGCCCUCGUUGCCCGCUUCGGCGAUGCCCAAGCCAGUCGCCAACAGCCAGUACCGAAGCGGCAACUACAAGGCUUUAGGGGAGACUAUCCAACCCUCUUCGCUCGAAGGCCCUCGACCGGUACCAGUGAUGUUUGGCAGGCCAACACCGAUGGGGCACAACAGAGUCAUGUUUACAAGCUUGCCACAGCAGCAAGCAUAUCAGAUGGCCUCUGGUUGGCAGCAACAACAACAACAACAACAACAACAACAGCCAGGAGCUUGGGUGCUGACACCUCCUCCGAGGCCGCCAGUGCUGCCACCGAAUCCGCACGCAAUGGCCGCGCCGGCCCGAUCGGUACCGACCGGCAUGCCUCCACCAGGCCUUGGACAUUAUCGUCCUCGCCCCGGUAAUCGACCCCAGAUGGCAGCGCCGAGACCUCACGAAGCCCCUCCUGUUCCUCCCGGCCUUGUUCAACGAAGCGCAACUGGGUGGCCUGUUGGACCCCAAAUACCCCCGUCGAUGUCGGGAGGCAGCGUUAGCAUCGGAAAAGAAGCACAUCUCGACAGUGGCAACGACAAUGGUCGAGCUCAAGGCCAUGACCUGACGAUAGCGAAUGCCACAGCAAUGCGCUCGAACUCUUCCUCUAAUGGACACCAAAGCAUCCUAUUGGACUCGUCUUCCCUGGGUCAGCAGAGCCCAGAUCUGACCGAGACCCAUUCAUCACCGCCCACGACGCUGCGCAAGUCGUCGAGCCAGGAGCGUGUCGCAAAUGAAGAUCAGCUCCUCACACCAGGCCUCGAUCGAUAUGCGCCCAUCUACACGCCGUCCUGGCUCCAACAGGUCAACGAGGACCGACUGUUUACAUUGCACCCUCUACCAGAGAGACUCCCCAUCGAUUUCCAGGCCUAUUCGUCGGAGUUUCUACCUCCAAGCCUCUAUUGGAGCGAAGCGGACGAGGAUGAAGAAAUGAAAAUUGACGACGAAGAGGCCGCACUCGCUGAAGACCCGCCGCUGGAAAGAGCAGAUUCUUCCUGGCUCGCAUCGGGAAAGGACGAUGCAGCUGAACAAGCGCUCGGAGGCGAAUUGGAGCCCGAGGGUCCUCUUGUCGACGAAGCACCUGCCAACGAUACGGCUCAUGCCUCUGUGGGUGCCGUGUCGCAGCAGGCUCAUGGCGACGGUGAACCUCUUCUCUCGGCGGGGCUGGCCUCUACAGCGCAAUUGGUAGCUGAAUGUCCCUCCCCUUCGGAGCCGAUACCCCCACUGGAACCAGAGUCGUAUGCGGAGAGGUUUGACAUUCUCGAGCGGCUCGAGGUCGAUCAUAGAGGAAGGGAACUCGCCAAACAGACACUCUUUAGCGUCAAGCUCCGUGUCUACCACCCGCCGGGAAACGCUCACGGCGACAGUCCAUGGAGCUCGUCAAAUCUCUACAUUCUUGACUUACCCGGCGUCCGUGAAGACUACCCUGCGCUGAUGCCUGGCGACCUGAUGCAGCUCCGAACGCUGGCCUCGCAGUCCGACUCAUGGCUCAAGGUGGCCUUUGAGGCUCGUGUCCACGUCGUGCGCAGGGUAGAGGGUACCGUCAUCCUGCGGUGCGAUGCUCUGGCGAGAGAAUUGAGGAGCCUCUUUCCCUCUGUGGAACAAGCGAGGUUCAAUGUGCUUUUCAUGAGCCUGCAACGCAACACGACAGAGGUAGUACAGGAUGUCGCUAGGCUUGGCAAGCUGCUGAAGCGCAAGUCUAGGCCGGCCAACAUCCUCAAGCGCUGGAUUUUCCCGACAGCCCACCACCUGGACACAGGGAGAGAGGGCGAGGGAUGGAAGCGCGAGGACCUUGACUGGGUGGAUGGAAGUCUGAAUGCAGAGCAGAAGGGAGCUGUGUUCGACAUUGCAAUGCGCUCCCACCGCAUUCCCUACCUCGUCGCGGGGCCACCGGGUACAGGCAAGACAAAGACACUGGUGGAAGCGACGCUGCAAAUCGUCCGAAAUGACCAAGACGCCACGGUGCUUCUCGCUGCGCCCAGCAACACGGCUGCCGACACGUUGGCCCUCCGACUGGCUGCACACUUUGGGCCUGGCCAGAUGGUGCGACUCAACGAUCCGACCAGGACGUUUGCCGAGGUGCCCGAGAGGCUCCUGUUGUUCUGCUGCAUCGAGGAGCAAAAGGAUGGAGAGGAUGACAACGCGGCUGCAUUUGGCCUGCCGCCGUGGAAGAAGCUCAUGGGCAUGCGCGUCGUCGUCAUGGCGACGCACGACGUGCCGCUGCUCCAUCGUACAAGAGGAGCCUCUAAUGUUGACUUGGGCAGGCUGCAUAACUGCGUCGUGUCGAGUUUCAGGCAGGGUGGCGUUGUUCCUCGGCCAAGGAAUCACUGGACGCACCUCAUCAUCGAUGAAGCGGGACAGGCGACCGAGGCAGACCUCUCGAGUGCGCUCCUCUGCGUUGUGCCUUCUCCCUUUACCGACAAGGCCCUUCCUCCCCCCACGGUGGUGCUGUGCGGCGACUGCAAUCAGCUUGGUGCACAGAUCCAGUCCAACGCAGCGAGGAAUGCCGGUCUGGACGUCUCGCUUCUGGAGCGAUUGAGCGAGCGGAGCGUGUACAAGGACGAGCUCAAGAGGCUCAGGAAACAGGGCAGGGAGGCCCUAAUGGCCGGCAACUUUGGGCCCGGCGUCGAUGGCAUUGUGGGCAGGGUAGUCGACGGAGGAAAUUCGACGGCUGCACACCUAGUUCGAAAUUACCGAGCGAGAAACCCAGCACUGCUGCAUGUCGUUUCGAAUCUCUUCUACGACGAUGCACUACUGCCGUGUGGGCCAUUGCCCACUCUACAGACGUCUUUGUGGCCGCUCCUUCCAAACAAAGACUGUCCUCUUCUAUUCGAUAACGUCGAGGGUCAGGACGCAUGGGUCGACGAAGGUGCCAGCUUCUACAACAACAUGGAGAUCGACCGCGUCGUGGAGCUCGUCGAGAGCCUCACUGGACGGUCAUCCACCACCACGGGUGACAAAAAGGGUACGCGGAUCGUGGGCGCCAAGGACAUUGCCGUCAUUACGCCGUACCGCGAGCAGGUGUGGCGCAUUCGGUUGGCUCUUCGGAAACGCGAGUUGGCCGCUGUUAAUGUGGGCCACGUCGAGGUGUUCCAAGGCGCAGAGCACCUGGUGACGAUUCUGUCGACGGUGAGGACCUCGGCGCGGUUCCUCCGAGUCGACGCGGCCAGGUCGAUGGGCCUGCUGUUUGAGAGAAAGAGGCUGUGCGUGGCCAUCAGCAGGGCAAAGGAGCUACUCAUCGUCGUGGGGAACGCGUCGUUGCUGAUGAGGGACCCCUACUGGAGGAGCUUGCUGGAGCACGCAGUCAGGACGAACACCUUUAGGGGCCAGCCGCCGGAGAAGCUGGGCAUCGAAGCAGGCUCAGACGAGGUCAAUGGAGGCGGUCAGAUCAGCGCGCUGGAGUACGCGGCGAGGGCAAAUGAUCCAUCUUCUGCCGCCGGCGAUACGGCGCUGCUGGCUGGCCGCAUGGCAGCCUCUACGCUUCUCGAGGACGACUGACUGGCAGAACAGUCAAACGGCAAUGCUCGCAUUGUUGUAUGCUAGAAGAAACCAGGCAAUGGCAAACACACACAGUGAGGCCUAAUAUAUGCCCUUAUGGCAAAGGCACUCUUGAGUCCUUUUGAUCUCUCAGAGACCAGCACCACUGGAUGAUGCGGUCUGCAUCGACGUCCUUUCUGCCCGCGUGGACGUUGACGAGUCUUUUGAACUUCUCCUCG